CUGAACCAAAAAUUAACUACAGCCAUUCAAAACCUCUGGGAAAUUCGGAAUAAAAAUGUUACGAAUACUCUAGAUUAAUCCCCUUGAUUUUUUGAGACACGAUGACCGCCAUCAGCCAACAGGAGCAUAUACAAAAUUAUUUAGUGAAGACAUCGAGUCCCAAUUUUCCGUUCAAGUCAAAAAAUUCCACUCGUUUUUAUUCGGAGUAUAAAAAAUAUUGUGGACUGGACGAAAUUACUCCCCUAAGAAUUCCAGUCAUGGAUAUCGCCAAUAAAAAAUUACAGGGUCUAUCAAAAGGGCGAGUGGAAGAGGAGAGUGAACUCAUAGGAAUGCUGUCCAAACAACUGUAUCUUGCAGGCAACCAGAUGCAGAGAAUGCAGGUAGUGUUGAAAAAAGCUGAGGAAAGAUUGAAGUCCAAGGACCAACACAUUGAGCGUUUGAAACGAAAAGUGAGAGAGUGGGAGGUGAAAAACAGAAAUCAGGAGUCAACUUACAAAAGAGAAAUGCAAAAACGUCAGUCACAGAUUGACAAUGCUGAACACAUUCGAAAACGUUGCAUGAGAUACGAAAGCAGAGUUUGUGAAAUGGAGAAAUUCCUCGCGGAUUACGGCCUGGUUUGGGUCGGAGAAAAGUCCCCCGCGGGUCCCAAAAUUCCCGAAGAGACAUCCAAUGACUUCGUAAUGAGUAAUUACCCUCAGUUACUGGAAAACAUUCAGGAGCUGAAUUUAUCGGUCGGAAAAGAUGAGAUGCACGUGCACCACAGCCAUGGCCUAGCCUCAUUCAAAUCUCAGUCCUGCAUGUCUCUAAAAUUCUACAAAAAUGGAAUGAUCGUGCAGAAAGGCCGAUUACGCCCAUACACAGAUCCCCGGACGCGAUCAUUCAUCCAAGAUAUCCUCGACGGUUAUUUUCCAGGCGAGCUCCAACAUGAUUACCCCAAUGGCGUGCCAUUCAAGGUGGAGGAUCACAAAGCGGAAAUGUACUUCGGUGAAGGCGCGAAUUACCCAGGCCAGGGUUAUUCUCUCGGAAAAGUGUCGGUGAUUCGUUCCUCAAGCUCUUGUCGGGUGAAGAAUCGAAUCUCUUCACCAAAAAGAGCCCAGACGCCGAAGCAGAGGGUCAAUUCCAGCUCUAGCACCCCUAGAAUGUCAUUUAGCGCUAGGCCCGGUAAUCAGGAUGCGACAGUCAAAACUCCGCAAGUGCCUUCGACUGCUAGAUUGGCCGAUCCCGAUUUCUCGGACCUCCGCUCCCAAAUUCUAGCCUCUCACAAUCACAAUUGCUCAGACAGUCAUCUCCAAUCCCACAUUAAUGCAGAGUUAACACUGACGAGUAGAUCUGAGAAAAAAGCUCCAGUGAUUGCAAGUAAUGCCGACAAUCACCUCCAUGUUCAAGAGCAGGCAAAGUAUUUGAAUCAGGCUGCAGAUACUCUGAAAAAUCGCUUCAGCACCUAUCGCUCAGCCUUCAACAUCCCGUCCAGCAUCAGAUCGGAUUCCAGGACUCGCGCUAGAUCUGCUAGUGCCUCUGGAAUCAGGUGUCGGGGAAGACCUGUUUCCAGGGCCUGCACUCGUGAUCAGGCCCCUGCGAUGACUAAAAGAGAUGAUAAAACCGUGGGAACGAGUAAAAUAUCAAAUAAAGUCCGGGGGUCGAAGUCCGCGACUAUGGAAAAACCAAAGAAUGGACAUCCGAUUGUUCGCGAAUUAAAUUCUUCAUCAGGAGGAAUAGACGAGCUCCAGUUGAAAGUGAGAUCGUUGAACGGUGGUACAGUUUAUCUAGUGCACAUAUCUGCGGAUGAUAGUGUCUCUCGUCUUUAUCAGCUGCUGGAUAGAGUGGUGUUAUCCUCGAAGAGGCGAUUGAAGUCGAGUUACAAAGUAGUCAUCAGUGGAUACGCUCCCAGGAGGCUUGAUCAUCUGGGAGUAUCUCUCAGGGAUUAUGGAAUAUACCGGAACUGUGUACUCCAUCUCGUUAACGAUUAAACAGGCAAAUUCCGCACAGAGAAACUCAACAAUAAAAGAAAUACGGAAAUGAAUUUUUUCCUUUCAGCAAAUGUUUCGUCCAUUCGUGUUUAUUCUCGUUGCGGAUGUUAUGAAUUCCUUCAGGGAAAUUUAAAUUUACUUUGUUCGUUUCCGUUGUUAUGAAGAAA